AUGGCCGCAGAUCGUCUUAGCUCCAUCUUGAGCCACCUCAAGGGCACCAGCAAUGGACUGAGCGCUAUUACCCAGAAGAACCCCGACGACGUCGUCAUCACACUAUCACUGCGCACUCCUUUGACCAAGGCUCGCAAGGGUGGCUUCAAGGAUACCGAGUUGGACUAUAUUGUGUACGCUCUGUUGAAGGAGACUCUCGCUCAGUCCAAGAUUGACCCUGCCCUGGUUGAGGAUGUCUGCCUGGGUAAUGUCAACGAGGCCAAGGCCGCCUACAUGGUCCGCGCCGCGUCGCUGGCCGCCGGAAUCCCUCACACUGCUGGUGCCUCAUCAGUGAACCGCUUCUGCUCGUCCGGCCUGAAGGCCGUGCAGGAUAUUGCCAACCAGAUCUCCAUGGGUGCCAUCGAUAUUGGUAUCGCCAUGGGCGCAGAGCUGAUGUCUGCCCCCGGCGACCGUCUCGACCGUCCCUUCAACGAGGAGGUCCUGCGCAACCAGGAGGCUGCCGACUGCAUGCAGCCCAUGGGUCAAACCUCCGAGAACGUUGGUAAUGACUUUGGCAUCUCGCGUGAGCAGCAAGAUCGCUAUGCUGCGGAGUCGUUCCGGCGUGCCGAGGCUGCCCAGAAGGCUGGCUGGUUCGAUGAUGAGAUCGCUCCUAUCUCCGUGAAGGUUAAGGACCCUAAGACUGGCGAGGUCCACCAGGUCACUCUCACUCGUGAUGAUGGAAUUCGCCCCGGAACCACUUUCGAGUCUCUGUCGAAGAUUCGCCCUGCGUUCCCUCAGUUCGGUGAUAAGUCGACUGGUGGAAACUCCAGCCAGGUCACCGAUGGUGCUGCCUCCGUCCUCCUGAUGCGCCGCUCCAAGGCCAUCGAGCUGAACCAGCCCAUCCUGGCCAAGUUCUGCGGCGCGACCGUUGCCGGUGUGCCCCCUCGCGUGAUGGGUAUCGGCCCUACCGCCGCUAUCCCCAAGCUGCUGAGCAAGUUCAACCUGGACAAGAACGACAUUGACAUUUUCGAGAUCAACGAGGCCUUCGCCUCGAUGGCCGUAUACUGUGUCCAAAAUCUGGGCCUUGAUCACGCCAAGGUUAACCCUCGUGGUGGCGCCAUCGCCCUGGGCCACCCUCUCGGAGCCACUGGCGCGCGUCAGAUCGCCACGAUCCUCAGCGAGGCGCGCCGGACGAAGAAGAAGAUUUUGGUCACCAGUAUGUGCAUUGGCACUGGCCAAGGUAUGGCUGGAUUGUUUGUCAAUGAGCAGGUGUAA